AUUUCCAAAGACAAAUCCGUGAAAUUUUAUUACGCGUCAUUAUUUUUGGACAAAAUAAACAAAGUUUCCAAUGGCUUCCAACGGUGUUAGCAAAAUAAAUGAUUCUAAUGAAUUAAAAAAUGGAAAUAAUGAGUUAGAAAAUGAUGAUCAUGAAGAAUAUCAAUAUUUAAAAUUAAUUAAACGAAUAAUUAAUAAAGGAGCUAAGAAAAAUGAUCGAACUGGUGUUGGAACUUAUUCUAUAUUUGGAGCUCAGAUGAGAUUUACUCUAAAAAAUGAUAUUUUCCCAUUAUUGACAACAAAGUCGGUAUUUUGGAAAGGAGUAGUCGAAGAGCUGCUAUGGUUCAUCAAAGGAUCAACAAAUUCCAAAGAAUUAUCAUCUAAAGGAGUGAAUAUCUGGAAUGCUAACAGCUCGAGAGAGUUUUUAGAUAAUUGUGGAUUUAAAAAUCGUGAGGAAGGUGAUUUAGGACCAGUUUAUGGCUUUCAAUGGCGACAUUUUGGCGCUGAAUAUGUUGAUAUGCAUACUGAUUACACUGGUCAAGGUGUAGACCAAUUACAAAACGUCAUUGAUCUAAUUCGCAAAGAUCCUAAUGAUCGUCGUAUGAUUAUGUGUGCUUGGAACCCAAUAGAUAUUCCAAAAAUGGCUCUACCUCCUUGUCAUUGUCUCGUACAAUUUUACGUAGAUAAUAAUGAAUUGUCUUGUCAUCUUUAUCAACGCAGUGCUGAUAUGGGUCUUGGAGUUCCUUUUAAUAUCGCUUCAUAUUCACUUCUAACAUACAUGAUUGCUCACAUUACUGGUUUGAAGCCUGGAGAAUUUGUUCAUACAAUGGGCGAUUGUCAUGUCUACUUAAACCACAUUGAUGCUUUAAAUAUCCAAUGUGAACGCACGCCAAAUGAUUUUCCAAGUCUCAAAAUCACACGUCAAGUAAAAGAAAUUGAUGAUUUUAUUGCAAGUGAUUUUGAAUUAAUUAAUUAUAAACCUCACCCAAAAAUAUCCAUGAAAAUGGCUGUAUAAUUAUUUUUAAACUUCAAUUAAACAAUAUCUGAUAUUUUUCUCAAAAUAAUUUUAAUUUUUUUUAUAGUC